AUGGCCCAUUAUAAGGCUGAGCAGGAUGACUGGCUGGUCGUCUACCUGAAGUAUUUACUCUUUGUCUUCAACUUCUUCUUCUGGGUGGGGGGCGCCACCGUCCUGGCCGUGGGUGUCUGGACGCUGGUGGAGAAGAGCGGCUACCUCAGCGUCCUGGCCUCCAGCACCUUCGCCGCCUCCGCCUACAUCCUCAUCUUCGCGGGCGCCCUCGUCAUGGUGACCGGCUUCCUGGGCUUCGGUGCCAUCAUCCGGGAGGACAGAGGCUGCCUCUCCACGUACUUCUGCCUGUUGCUGGUGAUCUUCCUCGUGGAGCUGGUGGCGGGGGUCCUGGCCCACGUGUACUACCAGAGGCUGAGCAACGAACUGAAGCAGCACGUGACCCGGACGCUGACAGAGAACUACGGGCAGCCUGGAGCCAUGGAGAUCACUGCCUCGGUCGACCGUCUGCAGCAGGAUUUCAAGUGCUGCGGAAGCAACAGCUCAGCCGACUGGCAGCACAGCGCCUACAUCCUGUCCCCGGAGGCCGGGGGCCGCCGGGUGCCCGACAGCUGCUGCAAGACGGUGGUGGUGCGCUGCGGCCACAGGGCCCACCCCUCCAACAUCUACAAGGUGGAGGGAGGCUGCAUCACCAAACUGGAGCAGUUCCUGGCCAACCACCUGCUGCUCAUGGGAGCGGUGGGCAUCGGGGUGGCCUGCCUGCAGACCUGCGGGAUGGUUCUCACCUGCUGCUUGCACCGGAGGCUCCAGCUGCAUGUUCACUAA